CUGGCCCCCACACACCCGCCCACUCCACCCUCUACCCCCUCCCUCUUCACCACUACCACCACAAUGGCUGGAGACAACGUCGCCGUCGCCAAGCCCACGCUCGAGGUCACCGGCAAGGUCAGCGCCGGCAAGGCCGAGGAGGAGUUCCGCAACUACAAGGACUCGGACCGGCACGCGCUCGUGUCGCGCCACUACGCGCUCAUGCGCAAGAACCAGACCGUGGCCUUCAACGACAAGAUGCAGGCCAAGUACGGCUCCUUCAGCAACACCAAGAUGACUAUCUGGGAGGCCUUCACGGCGCUCAAGGGCUACGUGGACUCGUCCGACCCGGACUCGUCGCUGCCCAACCUCGAGCACAUGCUGCAGACCGCCGAGGGCAUCCGCGCCGCCGGCCACCCGGACUGGUUCCAGCUCGUGGGGCUGCUGCACGACAUGGGCAAGAUCCAGUACCUCUGGGGCCACGCCGAGGACGGCCAGGAGGGCACGGCCGACGGAGACCAGUGGGCGCUCGGCGGCGACACGUGGGUCGUGGGCUGCAAGAUCCCCGACUCGGUCGUCUUCCCGGAGUACAACGCCAGCAACCCGGACAUGAGCGACCCGCGCUACAACACGGAGAAUGGCAUCGAGGACGACUAUGAAAUGAUGGACUGGGUGCUCGAGUUCAACAAGUUUGACCUGUACACCAAGGCGGACGUGCGUCCGGACGUGGAGAAGCUCUGGCCCUACUACCAGUCGCUCAUCGACAAGUACCUGCCCGGCAAGCUGUGCUGGUGA